AUGCCCACAACGAUUGUUGGGGCAUCACGGCGUCUGCAGGCUGGCCGUGGUCUCAGAGGCAAAACACGCGUUCGAAACAACCAAACAAGAAACAACACACUCUCUCGCCCCCCCCUCUCCCCCGCCGCCUCCAUCGCCUCCAAUAUUCGUCGCAUUUUAGGCGAUACGAGAAACAACCGAUCGGACCGGAGAGCGACGAUAGUGGCUCAGGAACUGGCGUGCUACAAAGUGAACAUCGCUGCACUCAGCGAGACCCACCUCUCCAAACAAGGCCAACUGGAGGAGGAUGGUCCUGGCUACAUCUUCUUCUGGAGUGGUAGCCCCAAGGCAGAGCGACAAGCCUCAGGCGUCACUGUUGCCAUCCGAAACGAUAUCGUAAGACGACUGCCCGCUGCCGCAGGGCAUCAAUGA